CAGUCUCAUCAAUGCUGACUAGAUUGAACAAGUCUUUGGAGUGGAAUGACAGUUUAUUGGAUCCUAGUUCCGAUUUAUAUCGAAAUUAUUCAGCUGAAAUUUGUAAUUUGCUUUUGGACAGCAUAUAUUCAACUUAUAUUGAGGGAAUAAUCAAUGUCAAUUGCACAGUUGUUGGCUUCUCGCGUGGAUUAGUUGUUGGAAAUGCAGUAUUAGUCAUCGACCAUAGUAGCACAAGUGGGAAUUUCUCAUCGACUGAAGUGACAAAAGACACUGUUCGAAAUGCUGUUGUGGCAUACAUAGCAGAAAUGGUUGCCAACGAUUCGGAGCAAAUGUACUUCGAUACAUCAAGUGGCUUGACAGUAGAAAAGACAACUGAAUUAAGCAAAACGACUUUCAGUACGAAAAAUAUACUAGAACUAUCAAUGACAGUGGAGGUUUUAAUAGGAAAUCAACAAACAAAUUGGAAUUCCGAACUGUCUAACAAAUUUUCUGAACUUUACAACAGUACUGCUGAAAACACCUGUGCUUCGAUAAAAGCCAGCCCUCGAUAUAUUACAUCAAUACAAUACACCGUACGUACUUGUACUGUUCUUCGUUUUUAUCCGGGUUCUGUGAAAUCUGAUGUACAGAUAAUUGUAGAAUACAUAAAUGACCUCAAUGUGACUCAAACACAAAUUCUGCAAGCAAUUCAGUUGGGUUCGCAAUUAUAUGUAAUAGAUCUGUUAAAAAAUCAGUCAAUCGAUUCCAAUCGUAUAAUAUCACUUAAGUUAAUUAUGCAAAAAGAAACUUGUAGUACGAUCGCAUCAAAAUGUUCACCGCAUGCUCAAUGCAUCGAGAGGUCUGACGGUGCCGUUUGUGUAUGUAAUCCAAUGUGGAUAGAUUUAAACAUGCAACAGCCCGGAGAACAGUGUAUAAUAAGUCCAACUGUAAUAGCGCUAAUUGUUAUUGGAACAAUCCUAAUCAUAAUAAUAUUUGCCGCAGGAAUAUACUUUGCUCUUCGUACAGGCAGAAAUGGUCAACGUUUUAUACAUUCAUUUGCUUAGCAAAUAAAUAUAAUUUAAUAAUACUCAUUAUACAUAGAUCCGAAAAG